AAGUGAGAGAAAAACUAUUACAGAGAGAGAGAGAGAAAAAAAAAAUAGAAAGAGAGAGAGAAAGAAGCUCACGACCAUCUCCACAACGACUGCAUCUACUCAAAUAUAUCCCCUUCUCUCUCCUCUACAUAAACCCCACAAACCAUCUCAUACAGACCACCAUUUGCUCCGCCUCUCUCUCUCUCUCUCUCUCUUCCCAUUUCUCUCAAUUUUCCUGGAGAGAGAAAGAAUCAGUCCUACUCCAAAAAUCCAAUCACUCUUCGGCAUUUCUCAAUUUCAGGGAACAAGAAAGCAAUAGUGAGAAUCUCUACAAAGACCCAAUCCUGUAUUUUAGAGAGAGAGAGAGAGAGAGAGAGAUUCACAAAAGGCCCUCUUUUCAAGUGCUACAGAGAGGGAGAGCUUCUUUUGGAAAAGAGUCAGUCUUUCCUGUGUUUUUUCUAGAAGGGGAGAGCUCCCUCUCAUUCUCUCUCUAAAACCCAAAUCUUUUGUGGGUUUCUUUCUCACCCCAGAUCCCGAAAAUGAGAGAAAUCCUCCAUAUCCAAGCAGGGCAAUGUGGAAACCAAAUUGGUGGCAAGUUUUGGGAGGUUGUCUGCGAUGAACAUGGCAUCGACACCACCGGUUCAUACAAAGGGGACUCUUCAUUGCAGUUAGAGAGAGUGAAUGUUUAUUACAAUGAAGCGAGCGGUGGCCGCUUCGUUCCAAGAGCUGUGUUAAUGGACCUCGAACCAGGCACCAUGGAUAGCCUGAGAACAGGGCCUUACGGUCGAAUUUUCAGGCCCGAUAACUUUGUUUUUGGGCAAAAUGGAGCAGGGAACAACUGGGCCAAGGGGCAUUACACAGAGGGGGCAGAGCUCAUUGAUGCUGUGCUCGAUGUGGUCAGGAGGGAGGCUGAGAAUUGUGAUUGCCUCCAAGGAUUCCAAAUAUGCCACUCUCUAGGAGGUGGCACUGGCUCAGGCAUGGGUACCCUCUUAAUCUCAAAGAUAAGGGAGGAGUAUCCAGACAGGAUGAUGCUCACUUUCUCUGUCUUCCCUUCACCUAAGGUCUCAGACACAGUGGUGGAGCCCUACAAUGCUACCCUCUCUGUGCACCAACUUGUUGAGAAUGCAGAUGAGUGCAUGGUCUUGGACAAUGAGGCCCUCUAUGACAUAUGCUUCAGGACCCUCAAGCUCACAAACCCAAGUUUUGGUGAUCUCAACCACCUCAUCUCCACCACCAUGUCUGGCGUCACCUGUUGCCUCCGUUUCCCUGGCCAACUCAACUCUGACCUCAGAAAGCUCGCCGUAAACCUCAUCCCCUUUCCUCGCCUCCACUUUUUCAUGGUCGGUUUUGCCCCCCUGACCUCUCGUGGAUCCCAAAAUUACCGUGCUCUAUCCAUUCCUGAACUCACCCAACAAAUGUGGGAUGCGAAAAACAUGAUGUGCGCUGCCGACCCUCGCCAUGGCCGCUAUCUGACUGCCUCUGCUAUGUUUAGAGGCAAAAUGUCGACAAAAGAAGUCGACGAACAAAUGAUCAAUGUCCAAAACAAGAACUCGUCUUACUUUGUCGAAUGGAUCCCGAAUAAUGUCAAGUCGAGUGUAUGUGAUAUUCCACCAACUGGGUUGGCCAUGUCUUCUACUUUUAUGGGGAAUUCGACUUCGAUACAAGAGAUGUUUAGGAGGGUUAGUGAGCAGUUCACUGUUAUGUUUAGGAGGAAGGCUUUCUUGCAUUGGUACACAGGAGAGGGAAUGGAUGAGAUGGAGUUUACAGAGGCAGAGAGCAAUAUGAAUGAUUUGGUUUCUGAGUAUCAGCAGUAUCAGGAGGCCACUGCUGCGGAGGAGGAUGUGGAGGAGUAUGGUGAUGAGGAGCUUGGGGAGAACUGAGCACCAAUUGUGGUUGUGAUGGUGGGUUGAUCUCUCUCACUCUCUCAUGGGUUUAUGUUAUUUCUUUUCCUCCCUCUCACUCUCUCUGCCUCCAUGAAUUUGUUUGAUCUCCCUUCUCCCUUCUAGGAAAAAUCUUAUAUAUAAAAUUUCUAUGUAUUUUGGGAGUGGUACAGUUUCCUUUUUAUUCUCUCAUGUUGUUUUUCAGGGUAUGCAUGGAAUUCCAAUAUUCGAUAUUUAUUGUGUAUGGUUUUUUGGUGUUAAUAAAGGAUGAAGCUUUUGUGAGAUAUUUGUAAAA